ACAGCCCCCUCUCUGAAAAAUACUAUGUAGCUUGCCCAGCCUUCUCCUUUAAACCAGCUGUUUCCAGGAAUCUGAAACCGAAACCUACUCUCACCGGAAUCCCCUCCCUGUCCCGUCUUGGCAUCAACACUCAGAUCUAGCAAAUGCAGGGCAAAAAGCAAGGUCUUCAUAGAGACCAGAGGCAGAAAGACAAUCCACGCUGUCAGCCAGCUCCUACUCUUCCUACCUGGUCUCUUGGAAGGACUCCAGACCUCUGCAUCUCAUCUCUGAAUAUCCCGGGUCUGGAUUUCAGUUCCAGAUCUCUCCAUAGAGAACUUCUGCUGGAGGACAAACUUUUUUUUAAGGAGUAGCACUCCAGGGAGGCCCUAACAUCUGGAUCCCACACAAUCCCUCCGCUGGAGCCUGGUUUGAGGACUAUUAAGUGAGCUAAGGCAUUCGAAGGACCCAACACAGACUCACAGACAAAGGACCUUCUUGCUGUGUGGUUAAAGUCGAAGAGUGGAGGAAGAACCCGAGGAACAGCUUCCUCGGAGACCCUAGUAAAACCAGAGAGCCUCACCAAGAGACCAAGAGGUGUGCAGAGAGCACCACGCGGAGCUUGUCAUGAAACCAUCACAAAAACCCUGGGAGGUUGAGCCACUACUCCCCAACAUGGCAGAGACUCCUUAUGCUCCACUGAAGUCGUCCUUUGCCAGGUCGUAUCAGGCAGGGGACAGCAUUUUACAUGAACUCAAUAGGACCCUUGAAAGGGCCUUGAAAGAAGGGAAACUGCUGGAUGUGGCCCGUGUGAUCAAGCAGACCGUGGAAACAUUGUCCCAAAUGCCAGUGCACAUCAUGGUGACUGGGAACUCGGGCAAUGGCAUGUCUUCUUUCAUCAAUGCACUCCGAAUCAUCGGCCAUGAGGAAGAUGACUCAGCUCCCACUGGGGUGGUGAGGACCACCCAGACACGGGCUAAGUACUCCUCAUCCCACUUUCCCAGUGUGAUACUGUGGGACCUGCCUGGCUUGGGGGCCACAGCCCAAACCAUAGAUAACUAUAGGGAAGAGAUGGAAUUCAGCAUGUAUGAUAUAUUCAUCAUCAUCGCCUCUGAGCAGUUCAGCUCGAACCAUGUAAAUCUUGCCAAAGUCAUCCAGGAGAUGGGAAAGAGAUUCUAUAUUGUCUGGACCAAGCUGGACAGGGACCUCAGGCCACAUGCCCAUUCAGAGACCCAGCUCAUACAGAAUAUCCGGGUGAAUAUUCAGAAGGAACUCCAGAAGGAGAGAGUGAAUGUACCACCCAUAUUCCUGGUAUCCAAUUUAGACCCUUUACUAUACGACUUCCCAAUGCUUAGGGACACACUGCAUAAAGACCUCUCCAACAUCAGAUGCUAUGGGCCCUUAAGCACUCUGUCUAGCACCUUUGAGAAGAUCAUUGAUGAUAGAGUGGCCUCCUUGAGAGAGAGAAUAGAUGAGGGAUGUUCAGAGCAUCCUCUUAGUGUCAGGGAUGAUGAAGAUAUGAGAGAGUGUCUGAAAGCAUACCGACUCAAAUUUGGUGUUGACGAUGAAUCGCUUGAGCAGGUAGCCCAGAGUAUGGGGACAGUAGUCCAAGAGUUCAAGGCCGACAUGAAGUCCCAAACUCUGUACACCCUCCGCAGAGGGGACUGGAGACUGAGACUGAUGACUUGUGCGUUUGUGAAUGGAUUCUUCCACGUUCUUAAAUAUCUCCUGUGCUUUAGUUGCUGUGUCCGUUGCUGCGUCCGAUGCUUCAGACACAUGAAAUACAAACGUAUACUUCUGUCAGUUGCCCAGGACACCAAGACCAUCCUGGAAAAAAUCCUGAAAGACUCCAUCAGCCCUCCUCAAAUCUAAUGUAGGAAGUGGUCUGACACCCUUCUCCCAUGGAAGCGAGACUGCCUUGGGUAGCACCUAGAACCCACUAGAAAUCAAGAGAUCGAAUGUUGAAAGGAACCGCUAAUUCGUCCCGGCCGCCCAGAACCAAAAUAAUCACACAGAAACUGUAUUAAUUAAAUCACUGCUUGGCCCACUAGCUCUAGCUUCUUAUUGGCUAACUCUUACAUCUUAAUUUAACCCAUUUCUAUUAAUCUGCAUACCGCCAUGUGGCAGUGGCUUACCGGCAAAGAUUUGGCACAUCUACCUCCAGCUGUGGAUCCAUGGCGUCUCCCUGACUCCGCCUUUCUUCCUCCCAGCACUCGGUUCCGUCUUCCCCACCUACCUAAGUUCUGUCCUGUCAACAAGCCAAGGCAGUUUCUUUAUUCAUUAAUGCUAAACACAGCACACAGAGGAGACUCCCACAUCAAUAAAACAACACUUUCUAUUAGAGUUUUAGAUCCUUUGAGAGGAGUUCAAGAAUCACUCAUCUCCUUUGCCUCAAUUCUAAUGCAUUGUUCCACUGAGGUACAAGAACAAAUUGCUAAAAAAAAAAAAAAAAAUCAUCGACCAUGGUUCUUAGGUUUGGAAUUUAGAAAAUUUGUGUGUCU